GGAAAUUCCCCUGAAUGGUUUUUGUGAACUUUGUACUAAAGUGUAAACCAGCCUUUAUGUGUUGCAUUAAAACCAAACAAGUAAUGUUUGUCUUAGUGUGGCUGACAUAGUUUAUUUGAUGUGCUGUUUUUAGUGAAAGACACCUUGGACCAACUUGUCAAGUGAUUUUAUUUCAUUUCUCAUAAAUGUUUCUUCACAUAUGUCCUAGAUUAAGUCAUGUUGAGUCAGCAAAGAGAGAAACUGUCUUUCCAAGCAGCCUUAGUGGAGCCGACAAAAGUAGAUAUUUUUAUUAACUGAUAUGAUACCAAAGAAAAACGUUAUGAAGAGUAACAGUUGUUACUGAAUGAAAGGUGCUGCCUGUGAACUCUUCUGUUCAGUGAAGCUUGUGUUGAUAGUACAUGUCUGUGAGUUCUGCAUGUGUCAUGUUGUGUUCAUACAGCCUUGUGCAAUCCCACUGGGCUGUCCAUGCUGUGACCCUCAGUGCUCCCUGGGGACAAACACACAGGCAUUCUGCUCAGAAAACAGUUCAUCAAAAGAGUUGGCCUCAGAUGGACCCCGGUUUUUUACAGCUGCUCGCCGAAAUGCGAUUGUCUUUAUUUAUUCUGUUCCUCCUUUGGGGGAAUGUGGAUGUUUCUCUAUCACAGAACGCAUGUUCACAGCUCCCGGAUGUUCCUCACGCCUACGUGUCAGAAGAUACCAAAAGAACAGAGUACCCUGAACAACAUGUGAUACAUUUCAAAUGUGAAACAGGUUAUAUAUCUGGUCUGAACAUCAGAUAUGUAUGUACCAGUGCAGGCUGGAAGCCAUCCCAGAAGGGAAGUUGUUACUUAAAGCCAUGUGAACUUCCCAGUGACAUUUCCAAUGGUCAUUAUCAAAUCACCAGAGGUGAAGACUUUGUGUUUGGAACACAGAUCACUUACUUUUGUAAUGAAGGGUAUUACAUGAAUAAGGAGGUCAAUCGGACCUGUACACUGAAUGGUUGGACUGGUCGUGCACCAGAAUGUGAAUCUUUGAACUGCGACUACCCACCUAAUGAUGAAGGGGUUACAGUAAAAGGUUUACCAGACCACGAAGACGAUCCUAUACUUCCUGACCGCUUCCUCGACUUCAGCUGUGAUGGUCCUGGGAAACGUCUGAAUAGCACUUCAAGGCUGAUAUGUGGUAAAGAUGGACAGUGGGAUAAUCCAUUUCCCUCUUGUGUAGAUGUCACAUGUAACAUUAGCGCGAUGCACCCACAUCUCCAUGCAGAUGGAUUAUCACCAGCAAAUAACAUUGCGAAAAUUGGACUUAAAUUGUUGUUUUAUUGUGAUUAUGCGUACACACUCGACGGGCCUCAGAAAACUGAGUGUUUACAAAAUGGGCAAUGGAGUUCGCCCUUUCCAACCUGCCAUGCAAAAUGCAAAGUUCCAAGAGUUCAAGGAGGUGUACUCUUCACCCCACGACAUUUCCCAGGGGAUUUGCUGGGCAAAGGCCAGAAGUUAAACUUUGCUUGCAGCAAUUUCAGACAUGUUAUUCAUGGGACUGCAACGGUUGAAUGUUUACCAAAUGGGCAGUGGAGUGGUAAUUUCCCAACAUGUGGACCUCCUGUGGGCUGUGGGAGACCUCCACCUCUUGCAGAUGCAGACAUAGAGGGAUCUUUAAAAUCCAAGUACAGUCAUAAUGAAAGGGUUGAAUAUACCUGUCAGCAGUUGUACGUCAUGGAGGGCGGGCCUCACAGAACAUGUAACAAUGGCAACUGGACUGGAGACUUGAGAUGCCUGAAACCCUGCACUGUGACUGAUGAAGCCAUGAGACAACGUAAUAUUGCAUUCAGAUAUUCUGGUGAAAAAAAGCUGUAUUCAUCCCAUAAUGAUGUAUUUCAGUUCAUGUGUACUGGACGAACAACCCUUGUCGGCACAGUAACAAUGCGUCAGACCUGUAUUGACGGUGAGAUCCAGCUGCCCACUUGCCAAUAACAGUUUUUAAUCAGCUGGACAUGAUGAACGUUGAUCUGACUGGACAAACAUGUAACUGACCAGAAUGAAGAGCCAUGUAUUGAUCCAGUGUCUGCUCUUCAGUGCUGUGUGUGGUCGUUUUAAUAAAUCAUAU